GAGAGACGGCUUCACCUCUGAGACAACAUUUAUUAAUCUCCUCUAAAGGACACAAACGUGAAGAUUCCGGAGCUUUUACGCACAGAGCUCGAGCUUUUGUUGACUUGUGAUUACUUUAUCAGAACAGUUGUGUGAAAAUCUCGGCUGUUUUUUUUUCCAUACGGACUUGUUGACUUCAUAAUGUGGGGGAUCCAGAGGACUCGCUAUGCGGACUGUAACGGCUCUGAAGCGAGUGAGGAGACGGAGAUCGUGGUGAACAUCGGCGGGGUGAAACAGGUGCUGUAUGGGGACGUGCUGAACCGUUACCCGGACACCCGGCUGGCUGAGCUGGUGGACUGUUCACACAAGUCUAACGAAGAAAUACUGUCUUUGUGUGACGACUACGACCCUGACACAGGAGAGUUUUAUUUUGACAGAGACCCCGAAGCCUUUAAGUGUAUCACUGAGCUGUAUUAUUAUGGAGAGAUCCACAUGAAGAGAGGCAUCUGUCCCAUCUGUUUCAUGAAGGAGAUGGAGUUCUGGAAGAUCGACUCUGAUUUUUUGGAUGAAUGCUGUAAAUGUCAGCUGAAGGAGGUGGAGGAUGAACUUGCUGAGAUUGCGGAGAAAGUGAGAACUAUCCUGGUGGACAGAGAGGGGGAUCCGUCUGCAGGAGGCUGGCAGCGCUUCCAGAUGUGCCUGUGGAGGCUGAUGGAGAAGCCGGACUCCUCUCUCCCUGCGCACAUCAUCGCUAUCGUCUCCUUCAUCUUCAUCCUCGUGUCCUCCGUGGUAAUGUGUGUGGGCACUAUCCCCGACCUGCAGGUGGAAGACUCGGAGGGUCACCUCACCGAGCACCCAACUCUGGAGGUCAUCGAGACGGUGUGCAUCGGCUGGUUCACUAUCGAGUACGUCCUGCGUCUGAUCUCCUCCCCGAAUAAAGUCAAAUUCGUCCUGGCGUUCAUGAACAUCAUUGACUUCAUGGCCAUCAUGCCCUUCUACGUGGUGCUCACUCUGACCUCCUUCGGCGCAGGAGUGAUGGAGCUGGCUAAUGUGCAGCAGGCGGUGCAGGCUUUACGCAUAAUGCGCAUUGCGCGCAUUUUCAAGCUGGCACGACAUUCCUCCGGACUCCAGACCCUCACAUCCGCGCUGAAGAGCAGCUUCAAAGAGCUCGGGCUGCUCCUCAUGUACAUGGGUGUGGGUGUCUUUCUUUUCUCCGCCCUUGGAUACACGAUGGAGCAGAACCACCCGGACACGUUGUUUACAAGCAUCCCUCAGUCGUUCUGGUGGGCUGUGAUCACUAUGACCACGGUGGGUUAUGGAGACGUCUACCCAAAGACCACCCUAGGGCGCUGUAACGCGGCCAUCAGCUUCCUGUGCGGAGUGAUCGCCAUAGCGCUACCUAUUCACCCCAUUAUCAACAAUUUCGUGCUGUUUUACAACAAGCAACAGGUGCUGGAGACUGCAGCCAAGCAUGAGAUCGAGCUCAUGGCUCUGCGCUCAGACGCAGCUGAGCUGGACGCUGCACCCGUGGCGCACAAGCACGUUUGCGGCGCAGGGGUUUGGGACAACACCAUGCACUCCUGUCACAGCGACACAUACAUCCCUUUGCUGAAGGAUCCCAGGGGAGGGGCUGGGAUUCAGACCCCCACUAUGGACACGAGCUUUGAGAGCACAGCUGAGGCCACUGAAUACUUCAUCUGAGUAUCAAACAAUAAAAACAAUAAAACAGCAUAUCCAAUUAACGUUUCAUCCCCAUAUUCGGGCUAAUGACACCAUAAUGGACACAUUCUUGUAAAUAGUCUCUAAGGAAUAACAGGACUGCAGAAAGGCUCUCUAGGGACCUUUAAGGCGUUGGAGGAAUGGCGCCCAUUAACGGGACAUAUGUGUGAGAUAUUGACUUGAUGAGCUGUGCCUUUGCGCAGUGACUCCCCAGACAGAGGGACUCUGUAUGAACUACCAAUACACUGAUUGUCCCCCAUGUAGGCAUCUUAUGUAACAAUCCCCAUCCUCAGUCCUCACACUCAUACUGUAGACUGCACUGUAGCUUAUUCCUCUGUACAGACGUGUGUACCAAUGAAUGUUUUUUUUAAUAAAGAA